CGACGGAAAGUAAAGGUAAAUGACAACAACAACAGAAAAAAAGGAAAAAAUAGAAAAUUAGAAUGGAAAAUCCCGGCGAAGACUUUCCCUUGCACCAAGGGGUCUUCAAUGGCGAUGUAAAAAUUGUCUCUAAAUUAAUAAGAGUUCAUGAUGUGUCGCAGAAAGAUAUUCAUGGAAACACACCACUACACCUUGCAGUGAUGAAAGGACACAAAGAAUGUAUAAUGCUGUUGCUGGCCCAUAAUGCUUUGGUGAAAGUGAAAAACAAUGCAGGAUGGACCCCAUUAGCUGAAGCUAUCAGUUAUGGGGAUAGGAGGACAAUAUGUACACUACUAAAGAAGUUGAAGCAGCAGUCUAGAGAAGCUCUGGAUGAAAGAAGGCCGGCACUUAUACAGGCACUUGAGGAUAUAGGAGAUUUUUAUCUAGAGCUGAAGUGGGACUUUCAUAGCUGGGUGCCUUUAGUUUCAAGAAUAUUGCCAUCAGAUUUAUGCAAGAUACACAAAAAGGGAUCAAAUAUAAGAUUGGACACAACUUUAGUAGAUUUUAAUGAUAUGCGAUGGGAGAGAGGAGACAUCACAUUUGUAUUUAAUGGGAAAUCUUCCCCUGGGGAUGCUCUCACUGUGAUGGACAACAAGCUCAAAGUUUAUCAAAAAGUCCGACAUGAGGAGACAGAGCAGGAGAUACAAGAAGAGAUAGACAUAUUGAUGCGCAGUGACAUCAUGGCUGCCCAGAUGUCUACAAAGAAUAUCACAUUUUCCCGAGCCCAGACAGGCUGGCUGUUUAGAGAGGAUAAAACUGAAUCUAUUGGUGAAUACGAGGCAGAGUUCUAUCAUGUAAAUGGACUAAAUUUAGAAUCUAAGAAAAGGAGAGAACAUUUAUCGCCGGAAGAUGUACAGAAAAACAAGGCGAUGGUGGAGAAUCUGACAAAAGGAUCAUGGGAUGCUAAGGAAUUUGAAAGAAGAACAUCUUUACCGAAGCCAGAUAUAUCUGAAGCGUCUUGGGAAGACUAUAUAACGGCACCUGUUGGUCAGCCUCCAAUAAUUGGUAGACAUGUUAUCAGUAAAGAAAGUAACAAAGUGUUUAAAGCAACUAUAGCUAUGAGUAAAGAGUUUCCAAUGACAGUAGAUGUGUUAUUAGAUGUGCUUGAAGUGAUAGCUCCAUUUAAACAGUUCCAGAAGUUACGAGACUUUAUGCAAAAUAAACUGCCUCAAGGAUUUCCUGUCAAGCUUGAACUGCCAGUAUUUCCCACAGUGACAGCAAAAGUUACGUUUACAUUGUUUGAAUGGCGGGACGAACUUGAUGAUGCCUUAUUUACGAUUCCAGCUGGCUAUAACGAGGACCCAACACGUUUUCCUGACUUGUGACUCCUGCAUGACAUAUCAGUCGUAGAAAUUAUCUCUAGCUUCAGGGAAAUGCAGAAUAUUCAGGAUAAAAAUGAACUUGUAGAGCAAGAAGUGGUUGUAGGGAAUGGCGAAGUUCUUCAAAAUAGAACAAGGAGAAAAUCUGUGAUAGUUGUAGAUAUACCAUUGACAAACUUAGGUAGUGCUAGUACAGAAAUGGUUCUUAUGUUUAACUGAGACAUAUACUGAACCAAAGAGCUAACCUGCCAUUUGUUAUUUUGCAAAUAGUUAAAAAAAUUACUGAAAGUGCAUUUCACAAAUUAAGAGGACAGUUAGGUCUAUUAAUAGUAACAUAUCAAAAUGUCAGUAGUAAUAAAUUACGCAAAAUUUUGAUUUUAUCCGUGUUACUAUCAAAGCCUGUUUUUAAAAGUCACAAAAAUACAGACUUAAUUAAAGAUAUGAUUUUAGAAAAUGGGAAUACAGGUAUACAAUUUAUAGAAAUAAAGAAGUGUACAUUUUGAUUAUUUUACAAGGAAAUCUUAAAAUUUCACACAUACAUGUAUAUUAAAUGCUCUUUACUGUAGGGCAUGACAAAGUCAUUAUUCUGUUAGUGUUAUUUUCUUCCCUCUUAACACUUUUCACUUAGUAGUUUGUAAAUUCUAGAUGAUUUGUGUCGUUUUGUAACUUUUCAAAGAUUGCUAGAAGUCGUAAAAUGAGCAACUUUCAAUAAUAGCUUAAUUUGAUUUUUUUCUUGCAAUUGUGAAAACUUACCAACAACAUAUUUUUUAAGCGUAGACUAAAUUUCAGAGUUAUACAUCCAGUAAUUUUUGAAUUACUGGCAAAAGAACUAAUGGCGGGUUAGCUGUUUUGUUCAAUAUAGUCAAAAAAGCAAAGCAUGUAGAGUGGAUACUUCAAACAGUUUUAAGUAAGGUAAUUAAGAUCAUGUUGUGAGUGAUGUUUGUUUAAACUAUGAUAAUUUUACUGUACCUUCAAAUAGAAUUACAUAUACUUGAAGGAAACUACUUGUUGAAUAGACACAAAGAUAGGAUAUUGGAAUUUUCAAAGUUUUUAUUAUCUAUAUAAACAUGCUACAGUUUAUCGUUUUACAAAAUAUAGUGUUCAUUUCUUUUCUGUGUUGUUUACUGUAGCAGGUAAAGACACAAAAGCUGCAUGCUAAGUAGGGAAAAUAAAUAAAUCUUACUAUGAAAUUUGUAGAGUUUUAAAGUCUGUUACAUUUGAUUUUUAACAGUGUUGCCUUUUAAGUGUAAACAGUUACUGUAGUCUACAAACUCCUGUCAUGUUAAAGCUUCGACAUAUUGACUAAAUUCAAAGUAUCCCUUAUACCUCCACAUCCAAAUAAUCUCGUAUAAUAGUUGAAACUUGAAGGCAGUUUUUGUUCGCAUUCACAUGUUUAAAAUGGCAAGCGUUAAAAUAAAACAACACUGACCAA